CCUAAUGGUAAAAAGACCAAAAAAAAAAAAAAAAAAAAGUGCGAUUUCUGAGCUGCAGGCAGCAGCCGAAGCCCGACCAAAGCCUCACUCGCUGGCUGACCUAGCCAACCCCGCCGAGCCCGGACCUCCCGUGCCUUUAGCUCCGCCUUAGGUGGGUUCUCGGGCCUCAGCGGCUUCAUCGCGAGAUCUCACGAGAUGCGAUCGGGAGGAGGAGCCGAAGGGCGACGCUGACCAAUGACAGCUCUCUGGUCGUCCCAGGCUUUUUCCGGUUUACCAAGCAGCUGGGGCCGCAGUGCGCGUGCAAACCCGUGGCCUGCGCUUGGCCCGCGCCCACGUGCCCAUGCCGCCCGCGCGCCUCGCUCCUAGGCUGCUGUGCGGCCUCCUGCGAGGUGGCUCUCCCACGGCCAGGCGCCUUGGUCUCCGGGACGCGCUCCUGGCAAACCGGUGGCCCGCCCCUGGCCCGCGCCCGCGUUUCCAUGCUGCCCACGCGCCUCGCUCCUAGGCUGCUGUGCGGCUUCCUGCAGGGAGCCUCUCCCACGGCCGCGCGCCUUGGUCUCCAGGACGCGCUCCUGGAGAGGAGAUGUGCGGCCAGCCUUUCAUCCCAGCGCCCGUGGGCCCUGGGCCGGGGGCGUUCUCGGUACCGGACUGCGACUGGGGGCAGCGAAGGAAGGGCCGACCUAGAGGAGAGUUUUCUGUUCCCCGAGUACAUCCCGGAGCCGGAGCCCGCACCGACCCUCCAAGACCAGCUACGAGAGGUGCAGCAGCGGCAAGAAGAGAACGAACGACAGAUGCAGCAGCGGCGGGAGGAGCGGCGCCAGCAGAAGCUCCGGGCCGCUCGGCGGGUGCAGCGGGCGCAGCCGGUCGUGGGGCACCCGGACCCGACGGUGGCACCCAGCGGCCUGAACUGUUCGGGAUGCGGGGCGGAGCUGCACUGCCAGGACCCCGGCGUGCCCGGCUACCUGCCCAGCGAGAAGUUCCUCCGCGCGGCGGCGCAGGCGGACGGCGGGCUGGCGAGGACGGUGUGCCAGCGCUGCUGGUUGCUGGUGCACCACCGGCGCGCCCUACGCCUGCAGGUGAGUCCCGAGAAGUACCUGGAGCUCGUGAGCGCCGCGCUGCGGCGGCCCGAGCCCGCCCUGGUGUUAUACAUGGUGGACCUGCUGGAUCUGCCCGACGCCCUGCUGCGCCACCUGCCCGCGCUCGUGGGCCCCAAGCAGCUGAUCGUGCUGGGGAACAAGGUGGACCUGCUGCCCCAGGACGCCCCCGGAUACCGGCAGCGCAUCCGGGAGCGACUGUGGGACGACUGUGCCCGCGUCGGGCUCCUGCCGCCCCCUGGCUCCCGGAGGUCCCAACACCCCGGCCGGAAGCAGCCGCGGGACCAGGCGGAGAAGGCGAACCACUCGGCCAAGUCCCGCGCGGUGCUUAGGGACGUGCGGCUCAUCAGCGCCAAGACUGGCUACGGAGUCGAAGAGUUGAUCUCCGCGCUCCAGCGCUCCUGGCGCUACCGCGGCGACGUCUACCUGGUUGGCGCCACCAACGCUGGCAAGUCCACCCUCUUCAACACGCUCCUGGAGUCCGAUUACUGCAUCGCCAAGGGCGCUGAGGCUAUCGACAGGGCCACCAUCUCCGCUUGGCCUGGUACUACAUUAAACCUUCUAAAGUUUCCUAUUUGCAACCCAACUCCUUACAGAAUGUUUCAAAGGCAAAAAAGGCUUAAAAGAGAUGCAGUUGAAGCAGAAGAAGAUCUUAGUCAGCAAGAACAAAAUCAACUUAAUCUCUUAAAAAAGCAUGGUUAUGUAGUAGGGAGAGUUGGAAGGACCUUCUCAUGCUCAGAACAGAAGGAGGAAGCUGCCUUUGAGUUCGAUGCCAAUUCUCUUGCCUUUGACAUGGGCGAUGAUCCUGUUAUGGUUGCUGAUAAACCCACCAGACGCAUAGAACUGACCCCACAAGAUGUGAAAGAUGCCCGCUGGUUUUAUGACACCCCCGGAAUUACCAAAGACAACUGUAUUUUAAAUCUUCUAACAGAAAAAGAAGUAAAUAUUGUUUUGCCAACACAGGCCAUUGUUCCAAGAACUUUUGUGCUUCAACCAGGAAUGGUUCUAUUUUUGGGUGCUAUAGGCCGCAUAGAUUUUCUGCAGGGAAACCAAUCAGCUUGGUUUACAGUUGUGGCUUCCAACUUCCUUCCCGUGCACAUCACUUCCUUGGACAAGGCAGAUACUGUGUAUAAGAAGCACGCGGGUCACACCUUACUCAAGGUUCCAGUGGGUGGAAAAGAAAGAAUGGCAGGCUUUCCUCCUCUUGUUGCUGAGGACAUCACCCUGGACGAGGGAUUGGGCGAAUCGGAAGCUGUGGCUGACAUCAAGUUCUCCUCGGCAGGUUGGGUUGCAGUAACGCCACAGUUUAAGGACAGACUGCACCUCCGAGGCCAUAUGCCUCAAGGAACUUUUCUCACAGUCCGGCCCCCACUCUUGCCCCACAUAGUUAACAUCAAAGGACCGCGAAUCCAGAGAAGUGUUGCCUAUCAAACCAAGAAGCCUCCUCCCCUUGUGUACAAUGUGCAGAAAAAGAAAAAGAGGUAAAUGUCCGGACUGAUCUGUUCACACUGAAGAGUAACUCUACACAACCUACAGUGUACACUGCAUUGUAGUAAAUGUCACUAGAUGAAGCCCCUCCCACUCCCACCCUUUCAGACAACCAAGGACUGAGCCUCUUCUUAAUACGUUGAAUUUGCAAGCUCAAGUGAUUUUUGGUUGGGUGUGUAUCUGACCGAGAUACACCUAAAAAUGAGCGCUGCUCAAGUCUUCCCACUACAUUUUUUUUGAGACCAGGUGGCAUUUCUUGAGGGAGCAGCUUAGCCGUUGGCAUGUGAACAAAUGGCAGAAUAUCAGUUUCUCCCGAAGACAUUGGCUUAAAGGAGACGGAAAUGAGAAGGUGGCUCUGCUCCGUGUAGUCAUAGUCAUCCAAGGACCCACCUGGGGAACGCACCCCAGCUUCCUUCUCUAGAUUGAAGGAUGCUCGAGUUGUCAUCCUUUCCCAGCAUCAGGGAGAACGUCCCCACGGAGGAGGAGGAAGAGCUGGAAGCAGUACACAUCACAGCAUCUGUAGGUCAGCAGUGACAUGGCCACACCCCACAGGGAAGCUGGGGGUCCAGAGGGCAAUGGGGACUGUGGGGUUUUAUUACUUAAGGGCAGAAUGGACACUGGGAAACAAGUAGUUCUCCUUACAUAACCCUAAAGUGCCUGAAAACUCGCAGAGAAUGGCUCACAGGAUAUCUCAGUCAGGUCUGCAAGGAUCAGAGCACUUCAAGUGUUUUAUCAGCAACUGCCAUGAAUGCUGUGUGAGCCUCCAUCAGUUUGCAGUCUUAACGUCAUGUGUGUCCUGACCAGAGUGAGCACUCGAGCCAUGGACAGUGAAACUUCUGGGGAGUCACGUCCUGGGUCCCAGGGUUGAGCUGAAGGCUCGUGGAGAAAGUCGACCUGAAACACAUCUAGGAGCCUCCAUGGACUCUGGUUCAGCAUGACACUCUAGCCCCUUCUCACUAGUGGGUCGUCGUCAUCGUCGUGGGAUAAAUGGUUAGUAUUUUAAGAGGCAACCUGUAAAGCUUUGUAGGUCUCAGCUGCGUUGUUUCAGAGUGGACGUCUGGUUGGCAUCUUCGAGAAGUAGUUCUUUACCUGCCUCCCUAAUGCCUUGAUACUAAAAGCCAGUAGCAACUCCCCUGCCCCAUCCUUUCCUGUGACAACUGCAAAGUGCCAGUGACAAUUCCACACCCACCCUUGAGAGAGUGGGAGCUCCCCAAGCUGAGAAAAUGAUUUGUAGUAGGAUUUUUUUUUUCCUUUCUUCUGGAGCGAAUGAAAUACCGUUAAUUUUACAACUUAAAAUCGUGACCAUUGUAUUUCUAUCUGUUGUUCCUAGUUUGAAGGUUAGGCCUGAAUCUUUACAUGACAUGAAGGAAAUAGGGUAAACCUAGCCUUGGUGGAGAACUACAGAACCCCAAAGCUGGUGCUGUUUUUACCCUGAUAACUUACAAUGUAGGAAGCGAGAUGUUCCUCCCUCAUUUUGUCUCUAGGCUCUUAGACCUCAACUAGCAAAGAUGCAGUGUUUAAGCUUUCACCAAUUUAUAUUUUCAGGUUUCUCUAAGCUCCAAACUCAAUGGUUAUGUUUUGACUGAGGUUGUUCUAAAAAUGUUCUAAGGGGAGUUCCCAUCAUGGCACAGCGGAAAUGAAUCCAACUAGGGACCAUGAGGUUGUGGGUUCAAUCCUUGGCCUCACUCAGUGGAUUAAGUAUCUGGCAUUGCUGUGAGCUGUGGUGUAGGCCUCGGACGCAGCUUGGAUUGGGCAUUGUUGUCGCUCUGGCAUGGGCCUGCACCUGCAGCUCUGGUUGGACCCCUGACCUGGGAACCUUCAUAUACUGUGGGUUUGGCCCUAAAAAGACAAAAGACACUAAAAAAUUAAAAAAUAUAUAUAUGUUCCAAGGUACCUUGCUAGGCUAGUCGCAGACAGUGCAGUUUACUAAGUUGAAGUUUCCCUGUUGUAUUAGUUAAUCUGUUUGGGUCUUUGUUUUCACAUCUCUGAAAUGAGGGACUGACACUAGAUACUCCUCAGUCCUAACUUUUUAUGAUUCUCAGCAAAAACAAGCAGGAGAGCCGGGAAAGUGUGGUGACCAUACCUCAGACCAAAAAGGCCCCCGAACCCCUGGCCUGGGAAACUCCAUAUGCCACAGGUGCAGCCCUGAGAAACUACAACAAAAAGGCCCCCCGAGCAUCAACAGCAGAGAACUUCUGCUGGGAUCUGCUGUUAACUUACACCACAUCCUGCAAGCCUAAUGCAACCCAGCAUCCCUGCUGGUGCAUCCAGAGGUCCACGGGGGAUUUUCUAGAAGAAAGCUCUCUUACUGUGUUGGUUUCUGAGCUAAGUCAGCUUAUUAAUACUAAUCCAUUGACCCAAGUAUGAAGACUGCCCUUUCGUCACCAUCAUUUACACGGUGGCAGCAUGCAGGAGUUAGCACAGAGAAAUUAUGGCACAGCUGGCACAACGCCCUCACCCCCACUAAACAAGUUGUUUAAGACCAAAGAAAUACUUCCACUAGGUUUAUUACUCAGAGGGUAGACUCUGAGAGGAAAAAGGAAGCUUCUGGAAAAUAGGAGCCUGAGGUGCUAAGCCAUGGAUGAUUUAAGUAUGCUGUAGACAUGCUCAGGAAUGUUCAGAUCAUGAAAGUCCUGUACUAAAUAAGGAAAUAUAGAUGCUCUCUGCCGUGAAGGGGAUAUGUGAGGCAUCAUUCCUCUAUGAUGCUCAACUGUUAAUCUCCAGCUAUCGCAGCCCCUUCAGGGUGUCCGUGUGGCAGACGACACGACAGAGACAGCAGGAGCAGGCCUGUUGGAGUCAUGUGAAUCUGAAGUCUGGUGUCUACUGUGUAAGCAUUACUCUUGCAGGUCAAGGGUAGACAUCCCCCCUAAGGAGAGCAGCCAAGAGAAAAGGGAACACUGAGAAAGAAUGAAAUGAUGUUCUUGCUCCACCAGACAGAGCCCUGGGGGAGGCAAGGCGGGGCAGGGGACCAGAAGCUGGCCGAGCACUGGGUGCCUUCCCACUGAGACACCAGCAGCUCUGCUGGGCCUGGCACAGCAGGGCCUCCAGGUUUGUCAUCUGCAGGAAACCAGCCUUGAGCUCCAUUUUGCAGGAAGUACCAGAUCAAGAAACGCAGGCACAGGUGAACGCAUCAACUCCUUGCCUGGCAUGGGAAAUAUCUUAAAGCAGAUGAGACGCAGGGGAGCUCCGCAGUGAGGCCCUAAUGACUGGUUAGCUUGCUGUUCAUGGUGAUGGGACAUACAGAGCAGGUUACACUGCGCAAUCCAAACAAGUUGUAAUCCAUGACCUGGUGAAAUACAAGCAUAUCCCCUACCCCAUGUAAUAGGUUUUCCUGGGGACCAGAAGUUUGUUAAUGGAUCCUGCCACUAAAUCAAGGGAUGUUCAGCCUGAGAAAAGUUAAAACUUAUUUUGUUUUGUAUUAAAAUGUCUUUCUGCAGCCGUUUUUUCAUCAGAGGCCAAAUUUUAAAAAUUUAAAGUGAAUAAGGUUUUAUUUAAAAGUGAUUGUUGUGAGCUAACGAUUUCUGUCUCCCCCUUUUUGUUUGUCUCAGCAACUUUGAAGGAGACGCUGCUGUUCUAAGCAGGGAGGAAAGAUACCAUGGACUUUAAAAAAUAAAGCUGCUUUUAAUGUCACAUAGAAGUCAAAA